CACGCGCGGAGCACCGUCAUUCAACUAGCUCGCAAAAGCCACCAAAGACGAGUCGCUUCUCUCUUUCUCCGGCCACCGUCGCCCAUCCGCAAUGGCGCCUACGGCGACGACCACGACGGCGGCGGCGGAGCAGCAGCAGCACCCGAGGAAGGCGGUGGGGCUCGCGGCGCACGACGCAUCCGGCCACCUCUCGCCCAUCCGCAUCCCCCGAAGGAACACUGGUGAUGACGACGUGGCCAUAAAGGUGCUCUACUGCGGCAUCUGCCACUCCGACCUGCACACCAUCAAGAACGACUGGAAGAACGCCAUCUACCCGGUCGUCCCCGGGCACGAGAUCGCCGGGGUGGUGACGGAGGUGGGCAAGAACGUGGCGGGGUUCGCGGCCGGGGACAGGGUGGGCGUCGGCUGCAUGGUGAACGCCUGCCGGGCCUGCGAGAGCUGCGAGGACGGCGCCGAGAACUACUGCGCCAGGGUCGUCCUCACCUACAACUCCCGCGACAGGGACGGCGCCGUCACCCGCGGCGGCUACUCCGACCUGGUCGUGGCCGACGCGCGCUUCGUCGUCCGCUUCCCCGACGCCCUGCCGCUCGACGCCGCCGCGCCGCUGCUCUGCGCGGGCGCCACCGUGUACGCCCCCAUGCGGCGCCACGGGCUGGGCGCGCCCGGCAGCCACGUGGGCGUGAUCGGCCUCGGCGGGCUGGGCCACGUCGCCGUCAAGUUCGCCAGGGCGUUCGGGGCGGCGAAGGUGACCGUGAUCAGCACGUCGCCCGGGAAGCGGGAGGAGGCGCUGGAGCGGCUGGGCGCCGACGCGUUCGUCCUCAGCACGGACGCGGCCGAGAUGAAGGCCGCAGCGGGCACCAUGCACGGCAUCGUCAACACGGCGUCCGCCGCCGCGUCCCUGCACCCGUACCUGGCGCUCCUCAAACCCCACGGCAAGAUGAUCUUGCUCGGCAUCCCCGAUAAACCUCUACAGGUCUCCGCGUUCGCUCUCAUCGGCGGCGGCAAGACAAUUGCCGGGAGCUGCAUGGCGAGCAUCAGCGAGACGCAGGAGAUGCUAGACUUCGCCGCCGAGCACGGCGUGGCGGCGGACGUCGAAGUGAUCGGCGCCGGGGAGGUGAACGCGGCAAUGGAGCGCCUGGCCAAGGGCUACGUCAGGUACCGCUUCGUCAUCGACGUCGGCAACACCCUCAAGGCGGAUUGACUAGAGCGCUCGCCGGUCUCUGCUCUGUAGCAUGAUCUGCCGGCGAGAUCAGUGGCCAAAUCCAGCAACAAAAACACCUGAUCGAUACUGAUGCCAAUAAAUGCAGUAGUCCGUAUACGAUUAUGCUAAAUCUGGCUUAAUGUAGUGCUGUACCGAACCCUGCUUCUGCUCAAUGCAGAGAAGUCUAAAAUAAACCUUGAACUUGUAGACAAAAACUAAAUCAAACCCUGAACUUUGAAUUCUUGAAAUCAGCACACCGAACUCUUUAA